CUCACACGCUUUUAAUCUAUAAAGCAUUUGCAUCCAAGGACCGAAACAAAGACAUAUCCUCAUGACUUGAGCUGUGAGACGGGUCCCCAAGUCGUGAAAAUGAGUUUCUUUGGAAGACUGAAGAACCUUCCUCCAGCUCCUCCUAGGAGGACAGAUAACAAUGCAGCAUUUGGGUGGCCGGAGGACGAAUUUGAUGAUGACAACGACAUGUAUGAAGCUCCUCCCUGUGAGCGACCGGCUGUCAAAGUGCCACCGAGAGCAGUGGAGGAGAAUGUUUAUCUGGAGAGGACUUCCAAACCUGGUGUAACACCGAGGCAGGUUGCACCUCCACCCAGACCAAGCAAAUCCUCGGAUGCCAUCAGCAAACCACCUGAGGUCAUUAGAAGUGAUAAGCCAGGGAGGAAGAAGAUGCCGCUUCAGACAGUCCCUGUAGAGGAAGAUGUGUACCUGGAUCCAACUGAAGAACCGGUGACUUAA